AAUAGUAGGUCGUUGGAUUGCAUGAUUACUUCGCUCGAUCUGCUUUCAUUAUAAGCAAUCCCUCCAUGCCGCCUUGUUAUUAAUCCAUCAUAUCGAUGCUCUGGUAAUGCUACUCUAGAACCAUACCACAAUUCAAUAUGUCAACCUCACAAACAGACAUCAAGAUCAUUCUCCAGGCAUGGUUCCUUCUCAACCUGAGGCUAUGCAAGUCGGAAAAAUCUGAAAUCGCGUGGACCUUUCGUGAUGAAGCCGAUCAGAUCGUGUCCAGGACUACUGUCAUCCUCGACAUCGAUUCAGUAGGCAUACAGACGACGAUCGACGAAGCCUUUGCAAAAGGCCUUGACUCCAGCACAUCAAACAUCGAGAAAGCCAUCACAUGUCCUCGGGAUGCGAGGAUAUACUUGACGACGAGCGUCCUAGCUCAGCUAUUCAAUUCAACCGAUGUCGAGGACGAAAUUACUUUCUGCGUGACAUCAUGUUGGAAUGGCACGCGUUUAGUUUACACUGGCAUUACCAGAGAAGAUCGCCUUCACUCUAUUGACCGCCUCUUGAUAGUCUUCCAAGAACUUCUGCAUCUCAUCAUUCUACAUCCCACUCUCACAAUAAAAGACUACUUGCAGCCUACAACCACAGAAUUAUCUCAAAUAUGGAAGUGGAAUCGCAAUGUGCCUCAGACAUACUCGAUGUGUAUCCAUGAGGAGAUCGCAGAUCGCGCUCGUCAGGAUCCUUCCAAAGGCGCGAUUGCUUCAUGGGAUGGCGAUCUCACAUAUGCCGAACUAGACGACUAUUCUACUUCUGUAGCAGUCAACCUUCAGCAAAAAGGUAUUCAACCACACGAUUUCAUCGCAGUCUAUUUCGAGAAAUCGAAGUGGGCGGCGGUCGCAACGCUAGGAGUGAUGAAAGCUGGAGCGACGUUUGUGAUGAUGGAUCCUGCUUUGCCGCUUGCCCGGCUGCAGAAUAUGGUCGCACAAGUAAAGGCGAAAGCUGUCCUGACAUCUCAAAGUCAACUUGAUGUUUCGAACUCGUUGACAGUGCCUGAGAUGACAAUUUCAGCUCCAUUGGUAAUCGAUUCAAACAAAUUUGCGACCGAAAAGCAAACCGAUACUCCAACCACAUUGGCCAAGGUUGAUCCCAAAACCUUGAUGUACAUUAUCUUCACUUCUGGAAGCACCGGUACACCAAAGGGCGUCAAAAUCAGCCACGAAAGCUACACAAGCAGCGCAUUCCCUCGGUCACAAGCCGUCGGCUAUACAUCUACAUCGCGAGUCCUGGACUUCGCAUCAUACGCCUUUGAUGUAUCAAUCGACAGCAUGUUCCUGACCUUUAUGCGUGGCGGAACGCUCUGCAUUCCCUCUGACGAGGAUCGCAUGAAUGACAUCAACAAAGUCAUUCGUGAGAUGCGCGUCAACUACGCAGGUCUCACGCCGACCGUAGCUCGCGUGCUGGAUGAAAACCUCAUCGCCUCGCUAGAUGCCCUCGGAUUAGGAGGAGAAGCGGUCUCUGCACGGGAUGUGGCGCGUUGGGGCAAGUUGACCCGGAUCGUCAUUGGCUAUGGUCCUUGUGAGACGACGAUUGGAUGUACGAUCAAUGCCUCUGCUGCAUCUGGACGGAAUUAUGUCUCCAUGGGAGCGGGUAAUGGUGCCUGCAUUUGGAUUGUAGAUCCCGAAGAUCCCAAUCUAUUGCUCUGUCCCGGAGCCAGCGGCGAGAUCCUUGUUGAAGGACCGAUCGUCGGACAAGGGUAUCUCAACGACCUGGAGAAAACUCAAACCGCCUUUAUAGAAGACCCACACUGGCUGAUCGCCGGCUAUGGAUCACACCCGGGCAGACGCGGUCGAAUGUACAAGACGGGCGACUUGGGACGCUACGAUCCAUCGGGCAACGGCGAGGUCAUCUUCGCAGGCCGCAAGGACGCACAGCAGGUCAAGCUCCGCGGGCAGCGAGUGGAGCUCGGCGAGAUCGAAUGCCAAAUUCUCGAGAGGUUGCCAUCCGACACCAGAGUUGUGGUCGAGGUUAUCUCGCCGACUGAGGCACCUGCCUUCCUGGUAGCCUUUGUGGCGCACAUGUCGCGUGAGGCUGUCGACCUGGUGCCUCUCGAAAUCGUCAAGCCGAGGGAGUCGCUGCAAUCUGUGUUGGCGAAGAUCAACGAGGAGCUUGCAAAGGUUCUGCCGAGGUACAUGGUGCCAAACACCUUUGUAUGCGUGAACAGAAUCCCAACGUUGAUCUCCGGGAAGAUUGACAGAAGAUCUUUGAAAGCUUUCGGCACCAGCAUCGAUCUUCGAGCCCUGGACAAGAAUGAUGAUUUGGAACCCGAUUCACAUGAGAAUCCAGCUGAAUGGGUAAUUCGGCGAAUAUGGGCUGAUCUCCUGCAAAUCAAUGAAGAGGCAAUUUGCAGAGACUCGAACUUCUUCGCUCUCGGAGGUGACUCGGUCCAAGCAAUGAAAGCAGUCGCCACAAGCAGAUCAGGAGGUGUGAGAAUAAGCGUCGCCGAUAUGUUCCGAUAUCCAGUAUUGGCAGAUCUCUGUGCCAGUGUGAACGCACAGGCCAAGGAUAAGCCUCAAGACAUCCCACCCUUUUCGAUGAUCCCCGGAGUUGUGGAAAAAGUCCGAGCAACAGCGGCGUCGCUUUGUGGCGUGCAGAUCAGCAGUGUCAUCGAUGUUUACCCUUGCACGCCGACUCAGGAAUCACUCUUCACAUUCUCGGUCAAAUCAGACGUUCCAUAUAUCGCCCAGCGAGUGGCGAAGAUCGCGGCGGACAUGGACCUUGCGACUUUCAAAGCUGCCUGGUCGACUGUUGUUGCAGCAACGCCUAUCCUCCGUACACGAGUUUGUCAGGUGCUAGAGGGUGGCCUUCAACAGGUCUUGCUUGACGAUGAAAUUGUGUGGAAAGAGUCCACCAAUCUUGCGCGAUAUCUCGAGGAGGAUAAGCUGGACAUCAUGGGUCUUGGAAGGCGUCUAGCUCGAUACGCGAUUAUUCAGGAAAAUGACGGUGCACGAUGUAUCGUAUGGACUAUCCACCACGUGGCGUACGAUGGUUUCAGCGAGCCGUUGAUCCUCGACUCGGUAGCCAAAGUUUUGGAUGGCCACGCGCUCACCCACCGUGCGUCGAUGAAAGAUUUCGUGCACCACCUCAAUGGUAUCAACGGAAAGACCGCAGCGGAUUAUUGGCGCGCAGAGCUCCAUGGCGCCGACGGUCCACAAUUUCCCGAGCUACCCUUCCGAGAUUAUACACCGGCGGCAGAUAGUAGAGCCCAGCACCACGUUCGGAUUGAGCUUCCGAAAGGAUGCAAGUACACCAUGGCAAGCCUCAUUCGCGGCGCAUGGGCCUUGGUAGCAUCGAAACACAUUGACUCAAACGAUAUCGUAUUCGGAGAAACGUUGAUCGGCCGCGACAUCUCCCUCCCUGGUGCAGAUGAAAUACUCGGUCCAAUGAUCGCGACAGUCCCGAUUCGCAUUCGCCUCAACAUGUCCGAUUCUGUGGAGGUGCUUCUCCGGAAAAUUCAAGCUUCUACAGCAGAUAGGUCAGCACACCAGCAUUUGGGCAUGCAGAAUAUCCGCAAAGUCAGCGAAUAUGCGCAACGAGCAUGUGAGACGGGGACCGGCCUCAUCAUCCAACCAGAAAGUCCCGGCUCGACGAUUGCCCUUGGUUUUGAGGCGAAGGAUCCGGCCGAAGAAGCUCUAAAUUUCAACCCAUAUGCUCUGAUGAUUGCAAUUGGUUUGAACGAAACGGGCUUUGUCGCCCGCGCCAGCUUUGAUAGCAAUGUCAUCAAAGGCGAGCGCAUGCAGAGGAUGCUUGGGCAACUUGAGGCUGUAUGUCUCGCAUUCGUCGCGAAUCCCAACUCAGUGCUAUCGAACAUCGCUACUUUGUCCGCAGCUGAGCUCGAUGAGAUCUGGAAUCAGCGAUUGUCCUCGCCGCUGCGCCUUGACUCAAUAUCUGGCAGACUGCGUGCCGAAAAAACCAUCGCGGCGACCUCUUCAUACCCGGCUGUAGCAGUACCAUGGGUCUGCGAUGCAUGUAAUUCGCAUGUCCUGGCGCCAUUUGAUUGUAUCGGAGAGCUUUGGCUGGAAGGUGACUCGCUGCCAGGCGAAGGUAUUAUUGACCCAGUCUGGCUUUUGGGGGGCUCCUCCGCGACAAAGGGGAGAUCGGGGACAAUUCAUAACACGGGAGAUCUCGUUACACUUCGAGCAAGUGGAGAGAUUAUAUUCGUCAGACGGAAGGAGGAUCUGCAAGUUGUGCAAGGACAUCUCGUUGAUAUGACGGAGCUUGAGUUGCAGAUCAACAAAUAUCUCGGUGCCAGCGGCAUUGCGAUGCUUGCCGUUGUCCGAAAUGGGUCUCUCGAUGCACAAAAUCAAGAAGAAGAGAUCAUCGGGCUCGUCGAGUGCGCUUCAUCAGACAAGCCCGAAAUUAAGCUCCUCAACAGCACCUCCAUUGUGCAAGGCCAGAACAAGGAUGGCUUCGAAGUCAUCGUGUCCGACAAAGUCCCUGCAACAGUGAUCGAAGGUCUCUCCGCCUUCAUCCGCUUUGCAAGGCAGAGCUUUCCCUCCUACAUGAUUCCCACAGCAUGGAUUCCCAUCAACGAACAGUCAGCUUCCAUUCGACAUUCGUCACGAAGCGCAAUCGGCCAAAUCGCGUCCUCGAUCCCCAAGGAUUUACUCGCCGCGCUGCGAGAAGGAUACGAGCAGGCGCUCGUGACACGGACCAGCACAUCGUCACAACUGACGGAAAAGGAAGAUGUACUGCGCCAGGCCUGGGCAAAGCUCCUCUGCAUUUCUGCCGAGAAGAUCGACCUCGAUGACAAUUUCUUCCGGCUCGGUGGAGACUCUGUCCUCGCGAUGAAACUCGUCCAGGGGCUCCGAAGUUCGGGAUUUAUUCUUUCGGUUGGUGAUGUCUUUCGAUAUAUGCGCUUGCGUCGCGCGGCCAAGGCGAUGAAAGUUGACGAGAAGAGGGAAGAUGCGAUGUUAAAUUCGAAGGUUGGCUAUGCAGCUUGCUGCCUGAUCUCGUCGCUUGGAUCGCCGGAGUUCUGUCGAGAGCUCAUGGCGAAGAAGUUGGGAUGCGCUGCUGAGGAGAUACAGGACGUGUAUCCUGCCACCUCGGCGCAGAGGCUGGAUGUCGUGCAUUCCAGCAAUGGAAGUCGAACUUCGAUACAGUACACGGUCUUAACGUUCCCGGCCGAUAUUAUUGAUGCGAAUAGAUUGAACCAAGCUUGGAACCAGCUUGUCAAGACGCAUGACAUUCUCCGAACGAUUUUUCUGGAGCAUGGGUCCAUACUGUUGCAAGUCGUCCUCAACGAUCCCACAAUCCCGAUCGAGCAAAGUACUUCUACAGGAGAUCUUGCUGUCUCCGUUAAAGAUAUUUGCUAUAAAGAUGGCGAAGCUGCAUUCAAAAUGGGCUCACCUUUCGUUCGAGCGUUCCACGUGAGCGCUACCGAUGGCGCGCGCAGCUUCAUCGUAUGCCUCUCGCAUGCACUCUACGACGGUUUCUCUCUUCCGAGGCUGCUGCAGGACUUGGAGAAAUUCUAUCGAGAGGGCGAGAAUGCAAGAGAUGAAGUCGUCCCUUUUUCGACAUAUAUCGCGUACUCACUAGACAGUGAGGUACAAGGCAAAGCGAAGAUCUACUGGCGCGAGCUUCUUCGUGGUUCCGCCUUGACGGAGAUUCGCGGACUUGGCUUGACCUUGAAGGAUGACGGGGAGACAACCUUCAUCCACCGCAGAGUCGAAAAGUGUGUGGCGCAAGACCAUGUCACACCUGCAACAAUGAUCAGCGCAGCUUGGGCCCUGGUCCUCAGCGACCGUCUGAAAAUUCCCGACGUCGUAUUCGGCAUGGUCACGUCCGGCCGAGGCGGCUGUUCGGAGCCAGCAGCACAAGCCAUCGGUCCAUCGUAUCAAUUAACACCCUUACGUGUAAAGGCGACCAGCACCACAUCAGCUGCUGAAUUGCUGAGUGCAGUGCAGGAACAAACAGCAACUUCAGCAGAGCACGAUCAUCUCGGCUUCCACGUGAUAGCGAAAGAUUGCAGUACUUGGUCCGAGGUGACGGACGUGGAGGCGUCGGUCUGCUUCGAAUCUGUGGUACACCAUCAGCCGCAAGCAGAAGACGUUCAUACCAUGGAGUUUGCUGGCGGAAGUUGUGGGCUCAGCCUACAUAAGCCGGCAGGUGACGCGGCGAACCCUCUUAAAGUGGUGAGCUUCUUCGAGGACGGACAUCUGCACGCAGGGUUUGUGGGAUGGAAACGUGAAGAGAUGGUUCUUGAAGGUCUGUUGGAUUUGUUGUUUGUGAAAAUCCAAUACCUGAUGGAGAAUAACAUAUAGGGUUUUUGUUUUGUUGUGAUCUAGGUCUCGUCAUACGCAAAUUGAUUUUGCUCUUACAGUGUCGCUAAAUAU